AUGCGCAUUUUCGGCAUGGAGUGUUUAAAGAUGUGUGUCGUCGUGGGCUUGGUCCUGAUUGCUGCACCUGGUCGACCAGCGGCUGGAGCACCGUCGCCGACCAAUGCUUACGUCUUUCAACCGCACAAACGCAGCCCCGCCGACCCUAACCUGGAUUUGACUUCCACGCUGACAACGGAAUUCGGUGGUUUCGGGCCAGAUUUCGGUUCCGGUUCCGGUUUCCCAUCCACCGCAGCGGGCUUCGGGUUAAACGACGCAAUAGACGGUUUCGGCACAUCUGCCGGACUACUGCACUUGUCCCACCCAUACUCCACUACAGCAUUCGGCUCUGGGUUUGACUCGAUUGGUUAUCCAUUUUCCGAGUCCACGCUUAACCAACUUCAGUUCAAAGCUUCGCUUGCUUCCGGUUCAUCGCCCUCACUCCCGGUCUCUAUAAAGUAUAGUCCAUCGGUUGCCAAUGCUGGUCUUCAUCAAACCCUUAUUACCGGACUUCCAGCCACCGAGUCCGUGAGACCAACUGCUCAAAGGACAGUUUCACUGCAACAGAUUAGACCUAACGAGCAGCGCGUUCAGGCUGAAUCAUUUAACGCCGCCCCUGCUCCGCUGCAACAGUCAAAUUCAGCUGCUGUAUCGGUACCACAAAAACAAACGUAUGCAAUUUAUGCUCCACUGCAACAGUCAUAUCCGGCUUCUGCAUCUGUACCACAGCGACAGUCGUAUCCAGCUGCAAUAUCUGUGCCACUUCAGCAGUCAUAUCCAGGCAUUGCAUCUGUUCCACUUCAACAGUCAUAUCCCACAUCCGUAUUUAUACCACGGCAACAGUCAUUUCCAGCCACCGCGUCUGCUCCGUUACAACAGUCAUAUCCAUCUUCCACAUAUGUACCACAGCAACAGUCAUAUUCAGCUGUAAUAUCUGUGCCACUUCCACAGUCAUAUCCAGGCACCGCAUCUACUGCGUUUCAACAGUCGUUUGUGACCGCUGAAUCUGUACCACAGCGACAGUCAUAUCCGGCCACUAAAUCUGUACCACAGCAACAGUCAUAUUCUCCUUCUGGAUCUAUACAACAGCAACAGUCGUAUCCGGCCGCUCAAUCUGUACCACAGCCACAGUCGUAUUCUCCUUCUGGAUCUGUACCACAGAAACAGUCGUAUUCUUCUUCUGGAUCUGCUCUGUUGCAACAGUCGUAUCCGGCCGCUGAAUCUGUACCACAGCAACAGUCGUAUUCUCCUUCUGGAUCUGUACCACAGCAACAGUCGUAUCAGACUUCUGGAUCUGUACUACAGCAACAGUCGUAUCAGACUUCUGUAUCUGUACCACAGCAACAGUCGUAUCAGACUUCUGUAUCUGUACCUCAGCAACAGUUGUAUCAGACUUCUGGAUCUGUACCACAGCAACAGUCAUAUCAGGCUGCAUUAUCUGUGCCGUUGCAACAGUCAUAUCCAGCCACCGCCGAAAAUUUCCGAAUUUCUGCAUAUCAACCAUCCGCAUCUAGUGGUUCAGAGAGUUCACUAGUCGCGUCUCAAGCUGGAUCUACACCAGAUCUAAUUUUGGAGCUGAGACCUCCACCGUACACCGCGCCAGCAUCGUCGGUUGAUUAUCAAAAAAAUGUGAAUAUUCCCUCUACCGCGUCAUCUUCCUAUCCACCAGCUGACAGCAAUAACAAAAAUAACAUAUAUCUAGGUAACGAUUUUAGCUUGUUGACAGCUCCCGCGGCCGGUACAUCCGGUCGGAACCAGGUCUCCAAUGCCCCGAACGGCGGCCAGCUCCCCGGAAAUACAAACAACUUCCUUGGGAUCGGUUCGAACGCCAAACCCGAUCAGACUCCCUCGAACACCUAUUACACGGUCCCCCUUCCAGUUCCCAGCAGUUCAAAUAGUGCGUCAAGUGGUGCUCCCAAUUACUUUUCGAUUCCCAGCAUAUCUUAUUCCUUAACCAGUACCGGAAACGGUGAGUUUGCCGGUUCGACAAGUGCACCCCCAGCUGCCGCAGUACCUUCUAUUGGAACCGACCGCGGUGGGCCUGCAGUAGUUAACCCUACGUACAGAGACACCAACUCCAUUCCAAGCUUGUCUUUCACCAACUCCAAUUCAAUUUCUGCGAACUCGUAUAGCGAUUCCAACUCAAUCCAGAGUAGUUCUUAUACCAUACCCAAUUCUCUAGUUGCCGGAAACUCUUACAGUGACUACAAACUCAGUACCGAAAAUUUUUACGGUGACUCGAAUUCGAUUUCAUCCAACAGCAAACGUGAAUCGUCCACUGUCAAUCCAAACUAA